UCGUGUCUCGGAGGAGGCUGCGGGGGAAGUCGGCGCAGAAGCUGCCUCGCCCGCUCGCAGCCGCCUCGCUCCUCCUGCCGCGCCUGCACCCCCGAGAUAUGAGCGCGGGCCGCUGAGACAGAAGCGAGGGACGCCGAGCCGCCGAGAUGCAGAGCAUCAAGUGCGUGGUGGUGGGCGACGGAGCGGUGGGCAAGACCUGCCUGCUGAUCUGCUACACGACCAACGCCUUCCCCAAGGAGUACAUCCCCACCGUGUUCGACAACUACAGCGCCCAGAACACGGUGGAUGGCAGGACUAUUAACCUCAACCUGUGGGACACAGCCGGCCAGGAGGAGUAUGACCGCCUCCGGACGCUGUCCUACCCCCAGACCAACGUCUUCAUCAUCUGCUUCUCCAUCGCCAGCCCGCCCUCCUACGAGAACGUGAAGCACAAGUGGUACCCGGAGGUGUGCCACCACUGCCCCAACGUGCCCGUCCUCCUCGUGGGCACCAAGAAGGAUCUGAGGAACAACCCCGAGACCAUGAAGAAGCUGAAGGAGCAGAACCAGGCGCCCGUCACCACCCAGCAGGGCAUCACCCUCUCCAAGCAGAUCCACGCCGUCAAGUACCUGGAGUGCUCCGCUCUCAACCAGGAAGGCAUCAAGGACGUCUUCACGGAGGCCGUGCGGGCUGUCCUCAACCCUGCCCCGGCCAAGCCCAAAAAGUCCUGCGUCCUCUUGUGAAGGGGGAGACUUGGGGGGUGGGGGGUGGGAUCAGAGAGACACCUGAGAAACCUCGUCUCGGCCCCGCUGCCCCCCGCGACGCCAGAAUGUACAGCCCCGAGCGCAGGGUGCGGCCAGGACUGCCCGCCUCCCCUUUUCCCAUCCGCCCCCCCGCCGUGCGGCCUUCCCAUUCAGGAGCAGCUCCCCGCCCGGGUACCACGAGCCCGCGGCUGUUAGCGAUAAUAAUAAAGCCCACGUUUGCACUGAU